UUCGCCUUCGGUUCAGUCGCGUACGGCGCGCGUUGCCGUGAACACGAUUUUGUGUUCGUCGGCGUGCGACUAUACAGUAACAGACGUCGGUCAAUUUUGUAUAACGCGGGCGGCCGCGCUCGCUCGUUUCGCGCCGUAAGAUAAGUCUGAUCGCCGAUUGGACGGACACAAGUGCACGAAGUGUGCCGAAUGUUGUCGCGGUUACGUUAGUUCCAAUUGUGAGAGAGGAGAAAAUUGUUGUAUGCGCGAGAGAACGUGCAGUUUUUGGCGUGAGACGAGGACGAGGCCAUGGACGCGUGGAUGUACGAUGUGAAAGGCAUUUUUAUAGACCUUGGCUGUCUGCCAGACGUUGUGUUCUCAAGAUCUUCGAUCGGCUUAAACUUGGGAGUGUACCUGUCCGCCGAUUAUUUCGCACAUUGUCCAAGGUCUGUAUGAUGUCUGAUGCCACGGAAAGCAUGAUCGGGAAUAACAGAACUAUGCCAAACAUUAAGCAAGAAAUCGAUAAUCCAACGACACCCACACAGAACUAUCAAGUAUGUUCACCGACUACAACUCUUCAACAUCAAGAGUCAAUAUGUACAAAGUUGGACAUCCAACAGGAUUAUGGCGGUAACAGCAAUAGUCCCGAAAGUCCGGAGAUGCAUCACUGCUCGUCGACAACGCAACCUUUGGGAACUCCAGAGGACGGUGUUAAAGAAGAGGAUAUGAUGCCUAGGAGACUUUGUCUCGUGUGUGGUGACGUUGCGAGUGGUUUUCACUACGGAGUUGCCUCAUGUGAAGCGUGCAAAGCUUUCUUCAAGAGAACUAUACAAGGAAACAUCGAGUAUACUUGUCCGGCUAACGGUGAGUGCGAGAUAAACAAACGAAGGCGAAAAGCGUGUCAAGCCUGUAGAUUUCAAAAAUGUCUUCGACAAGGAAUGCUGAAGGAAGGCGUAAGGUUGGAUCGCGUCAGAGGCGGUCGACAAAAAUAUAGAAGAUCCACAGACCCUUACACGCCGGUGAAAAGCGCCACGUUGGAGGCUAACGUAGCGUCAGAAGGUCCUACUGAAACGAUAAAUAAUAAGAUGGUUGAGACUCUGGCUGCCUGUGAACCCGACAUGCUUCAAGUCGCCAAUAUUUCGCAUACGUUAGAGACUGAUCAGCAAGUUCUCGGGCAAUUAUCGGAUCUUUAUGACAGAGAAUUGGUCGGCAUAAUCGGUUGGGCCAAGCAGAUUCCAGGAUUCAGUAGUUUAGCGCUGAAUGAUCAAAUGCGGCUUCUGCAGAGUACUUGGGCCGAGAUAUUAACGUUUACUCUGGCGUGGAGAAGUACACCAAACAGCGGUAGAUUGAGAUUUGCGCAAGAUUUCACGUUCGAUGAGAGACUCGCACGCGAAUGCCAUUGUAUGGAACUAUAUACGCACUGUAUACAAAUUGUCGAGAGAAUUCAGCGAUUGGGUCUGACACGAGAAGAGUAUUAUGUGCUGAAGGCAUUGAUUCUGGCAAACAGCGAUGUCAGAUCCGACGAGCCGCAAGCGUUGUAUCGUUUUCGUGAUUCGAUAUUGAAUUCUCUGUCAGAUUGUGUAGCAGCUGUGCGACCAGGCCAAGCUCUUCGCGCCACGCAGAAUAUGUUCCUAGUGCUGCCUAGUCUCAGACAGGCCGAUGGAAUUGUCAGACGGUUCUGGUCCAGCGUAUACAGAACGGGCAAAGUGCACAUGAAUAAGCUCUUUGAGGAGAUGUUGGAGAACGUUUGUAAUCGAUGAAACUCGCAUCAUGCACGACCGUCGCAGAUUCGACUGCUUGUCACUGGUUGUUUACCGUAAGCUGGAUAGCAUAUUAAUCAAUGUGACUGUUGUUACACAUUGUUACUGAUUACCAAAAUGUUUCUAAUAUGCUACAGCAUCGAAGACGACAGUGAGUGAUAGUGCGUGCGUAAAUUUUGAACAACAAAACAAAGAGUUAUCUCUCAGUCCUUUUUAUUUUAUAAUAAACUCAAAAAUCUUUAUCUUUUCGCGUGCGAAACAAACGCUGAAAGGAGAAACUUUCGUCAGUGUCAUGUAUUGCUUCAGAAAGAUAGACACGUAAAUUUUUGUUUGAAGUAUCCAAACUUUCCUUUUUAAGUACCCCAUAUACAGGUACGGAAAGAAAGAAAGAAUAAAAAGAGAGAAAGAAAGAUAUAUAAAGCAAGAAGGAUGCAUACCAUAAAACGAUAACUUUUACCUUGGAACAUGCAGUACAAGAUGCGAGAAGACUUUUUCAGAUUAUUCAUCUUAGUAUAAGUUAGUGUGCGAAGUCAAUGAUUGGCUUUAUUGUCGAGAAUUACCAAAUAAAAGUGUUUCGUGAUUGCAACACUAAAGAAAAAAAUAAUAGGAAUCAUAUAAAAUGUAGUAACUGUAGAUGUUUAACGUUGUAUUAAUAACGUCGCUGGUAUUAAGAAUCGAAACAAUCAAAAUUACUGUGAACGCCGUUUUUCUCGAUCAUUUUUCUUUUUUUUUUUUUAAUUAUCUUUUAUUCAAUGUAUUAUCGUGGGAAUCCAAAAUCUUCUCGUGCGUUCCCUUCUUUUCUCAGUGUAUAUUUGCCUUGUUUACAUUAGCACUCGUAAUUAUUAAUAGCUUAAAUGUGAAAAAUUGAGUAAUGUUAAUCAGUAUAUUUGUGAUAGUUGUAUAUUGGACAUUUAUAGAUGUAGCGAUCUUUGUACAUUAUCUUAGAAUAUAUCUUUGUACAAUAUGAAACAAAAUCAAGUUAACGAAAAUUACGAAUAUGAAAAAGAACGAACAGAACAGCCAAAAGGUCGCUGGAUUCAUGUUGCUUCUACGUGAUAUAUUCGGAUUUUAAAUUAAAAAAAAAAAAUUAUUAAAAUAGAUCGUCAUUGAUCAGAUUAUUGCCAUAUUAUCACGGUUUCCCUAGUGAUAGAUUUGUUUAAGGGAUUGUUGAAAAUGAUGGCGUUGUUUGCUCGUGCCACGCAAGAAAAGGAGCAGGAAAAAUAUAUUAUCACACAUUGCUAUAUUAUUAUAAUUAUUAAUAUUUUUAUGAUUAUAUUAAUAUACGAUUAAUAUAAUAAUAAUUAUUAUUAUUAUUACUGCGCUAUUAGUAUAUGUAUUCAGGGAUCUUUAGUAUAUUUAGAUAUCAUCACUGUGUAAUUAUUAUUGUUAUGAAAUUAGCGAGCAGAUUUGUGCGCAUAAUAUUACGAUCAUAAUAUUACGCUACCAAUGCCUUUCACUACAUAAACUUUUUAUGGAAAGAACAAGCUAUAAAACAAUUGAAAAGUUUUAAGAAGCUUUGUUUAUGUGUGACGAUUAUUAAUCGCGAGCCCACAGUGGUUUUUACCAAGAGUUUUCGAUAUAAGAACUGUAAAAAUGCCCGUCCAACGCAGAAGUGACCAAUUCAGAUUUGAUUCCUGUUCUGCUUUGUUCAGUAUUUUAUUGUUUCUUAGAAUUAAAAUAACGACAAAAAUAAUGCGUUACUUAAAAAAAAAAACCGAGAUUUCGAUCAAUUAUUUUUUCAAAGAUUAAAUUGGUAAAAGAACUGGUGGUCCUCAUACUUAUACAUCGCGAGACUAUCGUCAUAUAGAGUGCAAUAAAAUCAAGGCGCGCAGUUUACUUUCAUUAAUAUUAAUACGCAUCUUUUAGGUUCUUUAAUCUUUCCUUGAUGUCACGAUUGUUUUGUCUUUUUGUUCUUAACUUGCAAAUAUCUAUUUCUUUAUUCUUGCUGCAUUUAAAUUUUAUUAAAAAAUUAAUUUUUUGCGGCACAUACUUCGCACUCGCUACUUUUCGUUGCGUCUUUUUCUAGCAAUUUCCAUUUUGUUUUUUGUUAUUGCGAAGUAUUGCAAUAAAAAGAGUAAAAUGCAACAACAAAAUGGCCGUUAUGGGUUUUUAACGAAUUAUAAUUAGUUUUGCAAAAAAAUUUAUCGAAGGAGUUAUGGUUUAAUAAUCCUUUUUUAUAUGAAAAAUAUAAUGCAAGAGAUCGAUUUUCUUACAAAAUAUAAAACAACUUUAAACUGAUAGUAGCAUUUGUGUGCAACAUUGUCCAGAUUUUUAUUUCGCAGAGUUUGCGCUUCGCUCUGUUAUACUGUAAUAAUUAAUAUAUACGUGUAUUUUCACAAACUCAUUAAGAUAUUUUUAAUCUUUCAGAAAAAGAUUGUUCUGAAAACACUUUGCUCUGUAACGUAAUACCAAUUAAUUAAUGUUUUCGUUUUUGUUUUCUUGUUUCCGUUAAGGCCAAUGAGCUUUCCCAUUUAACUGUGAUAUUCGCGUUACUGAGCGCAUUAUAUCCACAUAAUCGCUAACUCAUACUAUAUAUGUUUUUUUCUUUUUCUGUAUCGCUUUGUUACUAUUAAAUAUUAAAUAUACUUUUCGGAAUAAUCGGAAUCAUUAUAUUUUAUAUUUUAUUGCGAGGUGUUUCUGUUUGUGCGAUACAUGCCGCUGAGUUUUUGUCGAAAAAAAUAUUCUUAUUUCUUUACUGUUAUUAUUAUACAUUCUUGAUUUGGAUUUUAUCAAAAAUCUUACUUUUUCUCGAUAAGUUUUCAAUCAAUUUACUAACGAUUGUGCAGCUCCUGCUACUUGAUACUGCAAAGUUACCUCUCGAUCGCGCCGGCGCGACAUAAACAUAAAAAGUUAACGAUGAUGCUAAGAUGUAAUAAAACAAACAUUUUUGUGUACAUUGCUUCAGCAAAGAAGGAUAAAAAACGUAAAAAAGGUAUUUUUAUGCAACUAAUUUUGAUGUACCGCUAAAUUAUGGAGUUUCAUACUUUUUCGAGCAUUUUCUUUGUAUAUACACUCGCCGAUUCACCGUGGCGGUAGAAUCGUAGUCUCAGGGUUGCAAACAAGCAAACACGAUACAAACCUAGACACAUAUAAAUAUUAUAAAUAGUUAAGAGUGUGAGUGUAAUUGCCGAACAUUAAUAGUAAUUAUAUAAACACACACACAAAAUAGCUGAAAUUUCUUGUCGUGAAGUGUGAAGGUAGAUUGUGUGUGCGCGCGCGCGUGCGCGCAUGGUGUGUAUAAGUCAAUCUGAACCAAAAAGAUAUAUACCAGUUUUGGCAAAAUUCGUAAUAUUAUUUGCGUUGUUAAUUACUUAAUACGAGGCAAUGAGCAUUAUUAGCUAGACUUUGUAAGCGUAUAUAAAAAAAUAACCAUAUAAUUUUCAGAAAAUCAAUAAAUCAAUAUCAACUGAUAGUAAAAAGGCCGUGCUACACGUCGCUCGCUGCGUUACUCUGCUUCUGCUAGGAGAGUUGCAUGAGCUAUUUUUCUUUACAACUGGAAAUCAUGAUUUUACCUACAUCUACAGAAUCCAAGCCAUCACUUUCCAUGAGCUCAUAUUAAUUACUAACGUAAUAGAUAUUGCGUAUUUUGCAAAAUGACUUUUCCAAACGACCCAGUCUACUUUCACACUUUGUGCCAAAAAGUUUCAGAUAUCUUGUAUAAUAUAACAAUAGAUUUAACAAAAGAACGGUACGUUAAAAAAGUGGUAAGCGUGUAACUUCACAAAUGAAAUUAUGAAGAGUGACAGUAAGCUUUUAUUAGAGAAACAAAAACCGAAAAAAGAAAUAUGGAAUUGUGAAAAACGCGUGUGGAUAUGUUUGUAAAGUUAACAACAACAAAAUGCUAAUUUUAUAAAAUUCAACAAUUUGUAACAAUUUAUAUUUAAAACAAUAGAAUAACAGUUUACUUAUUUUGCUAAUAUUAUUAGCAUGUACACAUACUAUUACGCAUGUAUGUAUAAUAUACAUAUAUAAUAUACAUAUAUUGUGUGUCUGUAUGUAUGUAUAAUAUAUAUACAUACAGACACACAAACUAUACACAUAUAUAUAUACACAUGUACACACACAAAAUAUCAUAUUCUAAAUCUAAAUUGUUGAAUCGUUGAAUUUUGUAAAAUAUGCUUUUGCGUAUGUAUAUGUUACUUGAAACUUGAAAUUGGAUUUAAGAUUUGUAACUGAUUUAAGAUGAACGUGAUUAACAUGGGAAUUGUUAUUUCCUUUUGUUGAGAUCUUAUAUUGGAAGAUGGUUAGGUGCGUGUAUUUAUUAUAAAAAGUUAAUUCAAAAUAUGUUUUUGUAGAGAACAAUGUGAUAUGACGUAUCUCUCUUUUUCUCUUGUACAAUAAUGUUUUGCGUUGUUCAAGACAAGGAUGCAAUAAUUGUGUACGUUAAUAAUUUGUGGUGAAGCAAGUUACUUCAUGUUCAUAAAUUGAUUUUUGCUCUUUUGGUUGAUGAGAUACAUCUACACUCAAAAUGUGUAUUAUAAAUAAUUUAUGUGUAAACACGUAUAGGUGAAACAGCAAGAAACGUGAACUGCGAUAUUCUGAGAUUUUUUUAUAUUUAUAAAAUAAACUUUUUAUAAAGUGUAGUUGAAUAAUAAUGCCAUGUUUGCGUUAAGUUUUUUAAUUAUAAAAUUUGUGCUAUGUUAAAAUGUUUGUUUAGUUUUGGUUGUGUCUUAUGAUGUAUCGCUUGUGUCGUCUUCUCGAAUCCGUCGGUAAAAAUCGCAUCUGUAAAGAGAGAGAUGCUGUUUCUACAAUAAUUAAAAUAAUAUAAAUAUGUGGAUAGAGCCACACACUCUUUGUAAUUAUAACACGUUAGAUUCUUCUCUUUAUAGAUAAAUUUUAUAUGUGCGUAUGUAGAGAAAGAGAAAAAAAGAACAAAUGAGAAAGAAAGAAGGGAAAAAAAGUAGUUUGGUAUAUCGACGAAGAAGCAAGCAAAUAUAAUAGCAUUAAUAUUGUGUCAAUGUGAUACAGUUGAAAGCAGCACUUAUGUGAAAUUUCAUAAUGCGCGUAAUUAAAAAUAGUUGUAUAUAUGACAGAAACAAAAAAACGACAGUUGUAUACAUGUACAAUUAAGAUGGCGACGUCAACAACGAGAUGUUAAAAAUAAAACAACAAAAGAUACGCUGUAUGGAACU